UUGAUAAUUGACACCGUCGUUUUGUCAAAUCAAACAUUUCUUUUUCAAAACAUUUCUUGUUAGCGUCCUCUUGGUAAUUAAAAUGUUUAUUGUUCAUGUUACGUAGAAAGGUAUUUUAAAAGAAACCAAAAUGUCGCUUGAAAUACCUUUGAUGAGCACUGAUGAGGUGAUAGAGUUGGAUCCAGAGCAGUUACCAUCAGGGGAUGAAGUAUUAAGUAUACUACAGCAAGAACGUCCUCAACUAAAUGUUUGGAUUAAUGUCGCGCUUGCAUACUACAAGCAAAAGAAAAUAGAAGACUUCCUUAAAAUAUUAGAAUCAUCCAAGAACUAUGGAAACCUUGACUACAGAGAUUAUGAGAGAGAUCAAAUGCGGGCCCUCGACAUGGUGGCAGCAUACUAUGUGCAGGAGGCGAAUAAGGAGAAGUCAAAAGACAAAAAGAAAGAUCUUUUCACAAAAGCAACACUUCUCUAUACGAUGGCAGACAAGAUUAUCAUGUAUGAUCAGAACCAUCUUCUUGGCCGAGCAUAUUUUUGCCUAUUGGAAGGUGAUAAAAUGGAACAAGCGGAUGCCCAAUUCAAUUUUGUACUCAAUCAAUCACCUAACAAUGUACCAUCUUUGCUGGGUAAAGCUUGCAUUGCAUUCAAUCGCAAAGACUACAGAGGUGCUUUGGCAUUUUAUAAGAAAGCUCUAAGAACAAAUCCUGAUAGUCCUGCAGCUUUACGUCUAGGGAUGGGACACUGCUUUAUGAAAUUAAACAAUCAAGAAAAAGCCAGGAUGGCCUUUGAAAGAGCCCUACAAUUAGACCCUCAGUGUGUCGGAGCCCUAGUAGGGCUGUCAAUAUUGAAGUUGAACCUUCAGGAGAAUGAGUCCAAUAAAAUAGCUGUCAUUAUGUUAUCAAAAGCAUAUGCUAUUGACCCUAAAAACCCUAUGGUGUUGAAUCAUCUUGCUAAUCAUUUCUUCUUCAAAAAGGACUAUGGAAAAGUGUUGCAUUUAGCGAUGCACGCUUUCCAUAAUACGGAAAAUGAGGCAAUGCGUGCUGAGAGUUGCCAUCAUUUAGCUCGCGCGUUCCACGCUCAAGGAGAUUGCGAUCAAGCCUUUCAAUAUUAUUACCAGGCAACACAGUUUGCUCCGCCUAACUUUGUGUUGCCACAUUAUGGACUUGGGCAGAUGUAUAUUUAUAGAGGAGAUACUGAAAAUGCUGCACAAUGCUUCGAGAAGGUUCUCAAAGCUCAGCCAGGGAACUACGAAACGAUGAAAAUCUUAGGCUCCUUGUACGCGAAUUCUCCGUCGCAGUCGAAAAGAGAUAUAGCUCGGCAACAUCUGAAGAAAGUCACUGAACAGUUUCCUGAUGAUGUGGAGGCGUGGAUUGAAUUGGCACAGAUAUUGGAACAAAAUGAUUUACAGGGUUCCCUAAAUGCGUAUAGUACAGCAAUGAGAAUCUUAAAAGAUAAGGUAAAUGCGGAUAUUCCCGCGGAAAUAUUGAACAAUGUGGCCGCUCUACACUACAGAUUGGGCAAUCUCUCUGAAGCUAUGAAAUACCUUGAAGAAGCACUAGAAAGAGAGACGGUUGAUGCAAAAACUUUAGAUGCCCAAUAUUAUAAUUCAAUAGCGGUGACAACUAUGUACAACUUGGCACGACUUAACGAAGCUCUCUGUAUAUACAACAAGGCUGAGAAACUAUAUAAGGAUAUAUUAAAAGAACACCCUAAUUAUAUUGAUUGUUAUUUAAGGUUGGGAUGCAUGGCGCGCGACAAGGGGCGCAUCUACGACGCCUCGGACUGGUUCAAGGAGGCGCUGAAGGUGAACACGGAGCACCCCGACACCUGGUCGCUGCUCGGCAACCUGCACCUCGCGCAGCAGGAGUGGGGCCCUGGACAGAAGAAGUUCGAGAGGAUCCUCCAGAACUCCGCCACCAGUACUGACGCCUACUCCCUCAUAGCGCUCGGUAACGUGUGGCUGCAAACUCUACACCAGCCGUGCCGCGAGAAGGAGCGCGAGAAGCGGCACCAGGAGCGCGCGCUGGCCAUGUACAAGCAGGUCCUCAAGAACGACCCCAAGAACAUCUGGGCCGCCAACGGCAUCGGAUGCGUGUUGGCGCACAAGGGUUGUAUCAACGAGGCGCGCGACAUCUUCGCGCAGGUGCGCGAGGCGACGGCCGACUUCCCCGACGUGUGGAUGAACAUCGCGCACAUAUACGUCGAGCAGAAACAGUACAUUAACGCCAUACAGAUGUACGAGAACUGCAUCCGCAAGUUCCGCAUGGCGCACGACGAGGAGUGGCUGACGUGGGUGGCGCGCGCGCAGGGGCUGGCGGGGCGGGCGCGGGCGGCGCGCGCGGCGCUGCUGCGGGCGCGCCGCGUGGCGCCGCACGACGCCGCGCUGCUGCACAACACGGCGCUGGCGCUGCGCCGCCUCGCCGCGCACGUGCUCAAGGACGAGCGCUCCGAGCUCGCCGUCGUGCUGCGCGCCGUGCACGAGCUGCAGGUCUCGCACAGGUACUUCCAGCGGCUGGCGAGCGCGGGCGGCGAGGGCCAGGAGCGCGGGCGGGCGGAGGCGGGCGCGGGCGCGGGAGCGGGGGCGGCGGCGGAGGCGCGCCAGUGCGCGGACUUACUAUCGCAGGCGCAGUGGCACGUGGCGCGCGCCCGCAGGCAGCAUGAUGAAGACCUCACCUUGAGGGACAGGCAGCGAGAACAACGAGAGGCGUUCCGUAGACAACAGGAGGAGGAGCGCAAGCGUCGCGAGGAGGAGCAGGCGAAGAGUACGGUGGAGAUGCUGCAGAAGCGCCAGGAGUUCAAGGAGAAGACGAAGAACGCGCUGGUGUUCGCGGACAUGCCGGCGGAGGGGCGGCCGCGCGCGCGCAGGCGACGCGACGAGUACCUCUCUGACUCGCCCGCUAGUGGGAGCGACGCGCCGCGGGAGGAACGUCGCGAGGCUAAGCAGAAGAAAAGUCGCAAGCGCGAGGGCGGCGAGGGCCGCAAGGGCAAGUCUCGGCAGCGGCGCGACCGCGGCUCCGGCAGCGACAGCGACCCGCCUGCUAAACGUGGCAGGAAAAAGGGUGAGAAAGGUAUCGGCAAACGUGAGAAGGGCUCUAAAGGGAAGUCUGACGAGAAGGGCGGCACGAAGCUACGCAUGAAGAUAGUUUCCAAAGAGACUAUCUCUACGUCGGAGUCGGAUUCGGACGCGUCGCGUAAGUCGCGCAGUCGUAGUCGCAGUCGCAGUCGCAGUCGCAGUCACAGCGGCAGUCGCAGUCGCAGCCCGCCGGCUACUAAAGGCCGCAAGAGAAUUGUAUCCGCGUCUGAUAGCGAUCGAUCACGUUCGAAAAGCCGCUCUAAAUCACGUGGCCGUUCACGCUCUGGAUCUGCGAAGAGCCGUUCUCGCUCUAAAAGCCGAUCACGCUCAAAGAGCCGCUCUCGCUCCAAAAGCCGCUCUCGCUCCAAGAGCCGUUCUCGCUCCAAGAGCCGUUCUCGCUCAAAGAGCAGAUCUAAGGGACGUUCCCGCUCCAAGAGUCAUUCACGGUCGAAGAGUCGAUCAAAGUCUAAGAGCCGAUCGCGAUCCCGAUCGAAGAGCGGUUCAAGGUCCAAAAGCCGUUCAAGAUCCAGGUCAAAGAGUAGAUCAAGGUCGAAGUCAAGGUCGCGUUCGCGCUCCAAGAGCGGUUCCAGAAGUCGUUCCGGUUCCCGGUCGCGUUCAGGCUCGAGAUCUAGAUCCGGAUCUAGGAACUCCAGACCAGACACGCCCGUGUCUAGGAAAUCAGUUUCCGCAAGUGAAGACGAGGCUUAGAUUAGCCACAUUGCAUAUCUAUAUUAAAUCAAUUUACCUAUGUGGUAUUAAUGCCCAUGGUUACGUUUUCUGUGUAUUAUAAUAAA